AUGGCCGCCUUGAUGUUAUCCAACAUAUGGGAUACCACACAAGAUUUUCAUCCUCGGACUGUGAUGCUACUGGUCGGUGAGCUUUUUAUUUCCUGGAUUUGUCCGGACGCUUACGUGGUUGGCUCAUCUGCAGUCGGCUUCGUUGCCGCGCAUGGCCUGGCCACGGCGUAUGUUCAGGGCUGCGAGGCUUUCAGCUUGUUGUUCAACGUCCAGCUCUUGUUGGAGCUCUUCUUGGACAUCGCCGUGCCCGUCAUCGUACGACGCGUGCACGAAGAACAAGUUGCAGCAUACCAUCAGUCUAAGGAUGCUGAGUCACUUGUGCUUGCUUUCCGCCAGAUGCUAAAGGGUGUCUGUGAUGGAGACAUGCUCUUGGACAGCAACUUCAAGAUCUGCGCAAGCAGCAGCGGCUUGCAACAUCUCUUGGGGUCGCAUGAGACUCUCGCGGGGCGUAAGAUCACGGAGCUGCUUGCGCCGGACGAUGCCAUGAAACAAAAGUUCGAGAAGUUUCUGAACGGCACAGCCAUGAGCACGCCAACCAGCCCCCCGCGCUGUUUGCGCGUGGCAUUGAAAGCCAUGGCCGGCCACGAGAUACCCGUCGAUGUGUUGCAUGUGAGGCUCCGGCUUCACGGUGAUACCGUGCAGCAUUUGCUGGCAAUUACCGGGGACGCAGAGUCCCAGCCGCAGCCCGAAGCCGAGGAGGAUGCCAUUCCGACAAGUUUGCUGUCGAAAGCCCCUUCACCGCGUCAUCUGUCGCAAACCAGCAGCCAGAGUGGAUCUGUGGAGUUCUACGACGAACUCUCCGACCUGACCAUACUGCUGAAUGCAAGCACUGAGCUUCUGGACAUUGAAGAGGCGCAUCUCCGCUUCGUCCGCCACUCGGAGGCCCCUGAAAUGAAGAUGGGUAUGCCAAGCUUGAAGCGGUUCCUGCGGCCGCUUGAUUGGCAGACUCUGGAACCACAGCUCCGGCAGUUCGCGCACAGCGUCAAGCACUGCCGCGAGCCUUCGCCCCAAGCAUUGCCACCUGUGAUUGUGAACUUGCCGGGCGAGCCGAAGACGCGCUUGCAGGCACGAAGUGUGUGUGUGAAGUCGCUCUACAGCGGACCGCGUCCCCAGGGGAAGCCAGCCUACUUGUACUUGCAUCUACGAAAGUUCAACGGUGGUCACAAAAAGGGCAAGACCAAUCUCGAAGGUGUUGAAGAAGACACGCAAAUGGACAUGACCGCGUACUCGUCAUCGAAAGAAGAUGCGAACGCGAUCUGUUCAGACCCUAGCGCUGGCGUGAAACCUUAA